UUAUGAUACCGACAAUUCGUCCUCAGCAUAGUAUUCAUAAGUUAGAAAAAUUUUUCUCUGACUAUUUAUUAAUUAAAAAACGUCGUCAGAGAGAGAAAAGGUCAAAAAAACAACAAAUGAAUGUUGAAAAGAUCAGUCAAAAACUUGAUAAACUGUUCGACAUCUCGAGUUCUAUGACGGUUAAAAAAUUACCAGAAGGUCUUCAACAAUUUUUGUGUGAAUGUCAAAAUAGAAAAGUAAAUAUCCACUCACCAGAUACUUCUUUUUUGUCAGAAGAGCAGGAAAUUACGGAAGAUAAGGAGGACGAUGACAAAAAUGAUAUUGAACAAAAUCGAAUCGACGAUAAUUUGCCAGAAGCAACUAGUUAGCGAAUUCGUAGUUACCAGAAUGUUCUAGAAGCGAUGUUUUAUUAAAAAUCUACUAUAUAAGAGCUGCCAGACUGCGCAGCACACACAGUUCGAGUUAGAGUGUUGUCGUGAUAAGAACAAUUGAGACAUAAGCAAGAAA